GUUCACGAAGCUGUGUACAAACAAACAGGAUAGGUUGCCCUCUCCCUUGAUUUAUCCGUUUAUUAGAGAAGGAGAAAGGCUGGGGUUUAAUCCAUCGAAGUGAAUAUGUACGCGGCGCGAAAUGGCGAGCAAAUUCCUUGUUUUCAACGAAGAAGAGGAUGCACUAGCCAAAAUUAUACUUUUGUUGACACGCGCAGUAUCUCCGGUUUCCUUUUAGCGUUGGAGCGCGGAACAUCAACCUUCCUCGAAGUUCUUAUUAGAAUGCCGAUCCCAGUAUAUGUUCCACGUGCUCGGCAUCUCCUGCGCUACGGGUUGUUGUAUAAUCCCUACGAAAAUAAUAGGGCACUUGUUCAGCACGAGCCCAUAGUGCAGGUGGACUUCGAAUUGUUUGGCGAUGUUGAAGAUUCGGCCCUCAGUUGCCCACAUGAUUCUUAGCAAGGCGAGUGUAAGUGAGCUUUUACCAGCACCUGUUCGACCUACA